UUUGAAAAUGUCGACGAAAGAGUUCACCUAUUUACCCGAGAAAUGGGAUUGGGAUUCUAUUAUUGAGCAUGUGAUUGUUCACUACCGCUGGAUUUUUGUAAUGCUUUUACUUCCUGUCUCUUGUAUCUACGAUCUCUGGUUCUAUACAAGGAACAAGGUCGUUUUUGCUCUUAGUUCUGCUCCAUCUAAACAUAGAGAGAAGGUCGCCUUUGUUCAGUCUCAGGUGCGUGAUUACCAGACAAAAGGAGAGGGUAAAGGAAUGUGUACUGCUAGACCUGGCUGGCAAACCAUUUCUCCUCAAAACAUGUCGUAUAAGCAGAGGAUGUAUCCUAUUCAGGUAAAUCUUGUUGAUGUUCUGGAGAUAGAUGCUGAGAGAAAAACAGUUAGAGUUGAACCUCUUGUAUCCAUGGGUCAGCUUACUCAUACACUAGAUAGGUUAGGAUGGACGAUUCCUAUCGUCCCUGAAUUGGACGAUUUGACUGUUGGAGGACUAGUAAUGGGGACUGGUAUAGAGACGAGUAGUCAUAAGUUUGGACUAUUCCAGCAUAUUUGCCUUAGUUAUGAGCUUGUUCUUGCUGAUGGCUCUGUGGUUGAAUGCACAGCAGAGUCAGAUCCAGAUCUUUUCUAUUCUGUUCCUUGGAGUUAUGGAACACUAGGGUUCCUGGUUAGUGUUACAAUCAAGAUCAUACCGUCCAAAAGAUUUGUCAAGCUGCAAUACUACCCUGUCAGAUCCAUGGAAUCCAUGGUUGAAACUUUUGAACGGGAAACGGAGAAGAGCGAUGCUUCAGAUUUUGUUGAGUGUCUCGUGUUUUCCAAGAGCAACGCAGUUGUAAUGACUGGGGAUCUUGUGGAUUCUUGUCAACCGGGCAAACUAAAUGAAAUUGGUCGUUGGUUCAAACCCUGGUUCUUCAAGCAUGUUGAAAGCUUUCUAGAAACUGGUUCAGCUGUAGAGUACAUUCCACUUAGAGAUUACUAUCACAGGCACUCUCGAUCUAUCUUUUGGGAAAUACAAGACAUUAUUCCUUUUGGGAACAAUGUCGUCUUCAGAUAUAUGUUCGGAUGGCUGAUUCCUCCAAAAGUGUCGCUGUUAAAACUGACUCAAGGAAAAACUCUGAAAAGAUUGUAUGAGACACAGCACAUGAUUCAGGAUAUGUUGGUGCCUAUAGAGGAUUUGUCUAAGUCUCUAAAAAUGUUUGAUGAUGAAGUUGCAAUCUAUCCUAUCUGGCUCUGUCCAUUCAAGAUGGAGCCGAAUCCAGGAAUGUUGAACAUCAAAACAGAUAAGGACAAAAUGUAAA